GAGGAAUCAGAACUGUUCCGAACUGCGCGUCCAGCCUUCUCACGCACAUGAAACUCUUUACUCGCCCUCCCCCUUCUUUAACUAUAAGGCAGGCCAGAGUCUCGCACAACUUUCACUGCAGCUCUGCAGAGACACUCAGGUUCUCCGCUCGCCUGUGCAGCCCCGCAGGUCUCUGCUGAACCUCAAAAGCUUUUCUUUUUGGGGGGAGUUUUUACGAGGCGCCUCGAUUUGAUUCACUUCCUGUGGUCGGACCCCCGAUCAGAAAAGGGAAAGAGAGAAGAAGAAGACAGAGAGAGAGAGAGACAAGGGCAAACGUAAGAAAUCUGUUGUGAAGAGCAGCAAGCAAAACUCUCCGGCGCUGCGUGGCUGCAUCACUGCCGUGACAGACCGUGUUCGUGCUUUAAAGAGACACUUUUCUGUAAAACAAAAGUGCGCGCCACAGUUCAUUCAUGGUACGGAUAUAACUGUUUUUCCCCAUUUUUUACUUUUUUGUUUUCUUUUUCUUUUGUUUUUCACGCCCAUCGCCGACUAUUCUCCUGAUCCCAGACUCUGGAAACUCUGAGACGCCAGGGGUUCAUGUACUGGAAAAAUGAAGUGUUGUCCCCUCUUUCAGAGGGAAAUAAAAUUCUGUCCGAAGGAAUCCCAACAAAGCAGGUGAUCUCCACCGAGCAUCAGAGCACACCGGGAGCCUCGCGCUGCAGUGUGGACUCUAAGCACACGCCAAUGUCUCACUCGGACGGAGAAUCCCAGCGGUCCAACAUGGAGCGGGAGGACACCCGCUCUUCCCCCAGCACUCCGUCCACCCCCUCCGUGUGCUCGCCGACCUCCUCCACCAGCUCGGUGCCGUCCACCGGGAAGAACCUGUGCGCCAGCUGUGGUCUGGAGAUCCUGGACAGAUACUUGCUGAAGGUGAACAACCUGAUUUGGCACGUGCGCUGUCUGGAGUGCUCAGUGUGCAGGACGUCACUACGUCAGCACAGCAGCUGCUACAUCAAAAACAAAGAGAUCUUCUGUAAAAUGGAUUAUUUCAGUAGGUUUGGUACUAAGUGUGCCCGCUGCGGGCGGCAGAUAUACGCCAGCGACUGGGUGCGACGUGCAAGGGGAAACGCAUACCACUUGGCAUGUUUUGCCUGCUACUCGUGUAAGAGGCAGCUGUCCACGGGAGAAGAGUUUGGUUUGGUGGAGGAGAAGGUCUUGUGCCGAAUCCACUACGACACCAUGGUGGAGAACCUCAAACGAGCAGCUGAGAGCGGCAAUGGCAUCACAUUAGAGGGAGCAGUUCCAACAGAACAAGACAGUCAACCCAAACCGGCCAAAAGAGCACGGACAUCGUUCACCGCAGAACAGCUACAGAUCAUGCAGGCACAGUUUGCUCAGGACAACAAUCCGGAUGCCCAGACGCUACAGAAACUAGCCGACAUGACAGGCCUAAGCAGAAGAGUCAUACAGGUGUGGUUUCAAAACUGCAGAGCAAGACAUAAAAAGCACACGCCCCAGCACAGCGGGGCUCCUCAAGGUCAUCCUCAGUCCAGGAUACCCUCAUCUCUGCCCGAUGAGCUGCAUUACUCUCCGUUUGGCAGUCCCGAGCGAGCGCGCAUGGUGGCCCUUCAUGGGUACAUUGACAGUCAUCCCUUCUCUGUCCUGACCUCUCAGAGUCUCUCUCAUCAGGCCAUGUCGCUGCCUCAGCUCCCCCUCAGUCGCUAGUUCUCCGACAUGGCCCUUAUGACCCCUGACCUCCCGAUCCCAACCCCUGAUCUAACAUCAGUGAUGUCUCAUGAACCAACUCGAAGGUCAUCCAGGAGUCAGCGUGGAGAAGAGACAAAUAUUGCAGGAGCCUUGUCCACUGAAACCAGAAAAAAAGAGAAAUGGAUGAACGAGAUAAAAGCUAAAAAACCAUCUGUGAUUAUGUUCUUUUCUGGGG